CAGUGGGGAGAGGAGGCAGGGGCAGGAGCGCGAUCAGCACCAGGGACAGAACCAGCACCGGGCGUGAUCAGGACCCACGCGGGGGCACGGAGCGCCAUGGCCACGGUCACCGUCCUCUUACUUCUCGGGAUGUGUCUGUCUGGAGCCGCCUUUAACGUGGACACCCGGUUCCCGGUGAUCAAGGAAGCGGGGAUCCCCGGGGGCAUGUUCGGCUUCUCGGUGUCACUGCACCGGCAGAAUGAAGGGGAGCAGCGGUACCUGCUGCUCUCGGGAGCCCCGCAGGACGCCGCUCCGCCAAACGUAAAUGCAAACAGGACGGGGGCGCUGUACGCCUGUCCCAUUACCACUUCCACCUCGGACUGCUUCAGGGUCUCCAUCGACCAGGAAAGUGAUCCUCAGAAAAACAUCAUCGAGAACAUGUGGCUGGGGGUGACGGUGGAGUCGCAGCGAGACGGGGGCCGCGUGCUGGUAUGCGCCCAUCGGUACACCGCCGUGCAGUGGUCCGGCAACGAGGACCAGCGUAGGAUGAUCGGGAAAUGCUACGUACGAGGAAACAACUUAGAAUUCAACGACGAGGAUGACUGGCAGACGUAUCACAACGAGCUGUGUAAUUCCAACACCGACCACGAGCGCACGGGCAUGUGCCAGCUGGGCAUCAGCGGGGGCUUCACCAAGAACAUGCUGUACUUUGGAGCUCCGGGGGCAUAUACCUGGCAGGGCACCGAUUACAUCCUACAAAGAGACACAAACUGGGACAUGAAGGAAAUCUCGUACCCCAGCAAUAAGCAGCACAAUAUUUAUUUGGGAUACACAUCGCAGGUCGGCACCGGGGUGCUGCACAAGGACCAGGUCACGGUGGUAUCCGGGGCUCCUCGCUGGGAACACAAGGGGGCAGUGUUCCUGCUGGACGUGCAGGGGGACACUAUGGAGGUCAGGACUGUCCUGACUGGGCAGCAAGUGGGGUCCUACUUUGGCGGUGCCAUCGCUCUUGUCGACAUUAACAAUGAUGGUUUGCAGGACGUCGUCGUAGGAGCCCCCUAUUACUUUGACCGCAAGGAGGAGGUGGGGGGAGCAGUCUACAUUUAUGCCAACGAGGCAGGGUAUUUCAAAGACGAGCCAUCGCUGGUACUUCGAGGUCCUAGCGCUUCUGGCUUUGGAUUCGCUUUGGCAAACAUCGGCGACAUCAAUCAGGAUGGAUUCACAGACAUGGCGGUCGGUGCCCCAUUUGAAGAUAUGGGCAAAGUGUAUAUCUACCUCAGCAAAGCCAAUGGCUUACAGGUCAAACCCUACCAGGUGAUUGAUGGUUCCACGGUAGGAGGCAUCUCUACAUUUGGAUACUCUCUGAGCGGAGGGCUUGAUGUGGAUGAAAACUCCUACCCCGACCUGCUUGUGGGCAGUUUGACAGACCGUAUUGCCCUUCUGAGAUCACGUCCGGUUAUUAAUAUUUCAAAGAAUUUCACAGUGACGCCAUCUAUAGUGGACCCCAAUGAUUGUUCAUCGACAUCUUGCAUGGAAGUCCACCUGUGCUUUUCAUACAUGCUGAGCACCGGAAACCCCAACUACAAAAGGAACAUCACUCUAGAAUACACCCUGGAGGCAGAUUACGACAGGCGCCCAUUCCGCGUGCGGUUCCCGAGCUCUUCCAGUAACGUAUACAGAGGCUUCUUCUCCAUGCCGGAGAUGAAGUGUGAAACUGUCAAGCUCCUCUUACUGGAUAAUAUUCGGGACAAGCUGCACCCCAUCCACCUCGCCCUCAAUUAUUCCAUUCUGGAGCGUGAGCAAAGGUCUCGUUCAGCUGUGCGCUCGCUCGAUAACUAUCCUGUUCUCAACUCAGACCAGAGUACAAAUCAAGUGUUGGAGAUACACAUUAAGAAGGAGUGCGGCACGGACAAUGUGUGUAGAAGCAACUUACAAAUGCAGUAUGAAUACUUGGGAGAAAACCAGGAGGCGCUUCCAAGGACGAACGGGUCUCAGGUUCUUUACUAUGACCCUAAUGUGAAGAGGCUACUCCUGAAAGUGACAGUGACGAACCUACCAAGCUCCGCUUUGGCAGCAGACGAUGCCCAUGAAGCAUUUCUGAAUAUUACCGUUCCUCCGGAACUCACCUUCUCUUCUGUUCAAGCGAGUAGAACCUGUGAUUUUAAGGACACCAUCCUCUGCGAGCUUGGGAACCCUUUUAAGAGGGGUCAGACGGCAGAAAUCGUCGUCACAUUUGAAGCAUCUAGAAUAACUCUGCAGACGAGAGAAGUCAUGGCGGGCCUACAGCUGUCCACGUUAAGUAAGCAGACAGACCUUGAUCCACAAUAUGCCGACCUCCUAAUAGAUUACACUCUGCAGACCUCAUUCUCUGUAAAGCCUCCCCAGUUGCAGACCUACUUCAGUGGUCAGGUCAUGGGAGAGUCUGCCAUGAAGACGGUCAAAGAUGUCGGAAGCCCCGUUGAGUUCACUUUUAUGGUGAGGAAUUACAGAGAACCCCUGGAAUCACUGGGAACGCUAAUUUUAGACGUGGCAUGGCCAUAUGAAGUUAGCAACGGCAAGUGGCUGCUUUACCCGACUGAGGUGCUGGUGAAAACGGGGGAAGUAAAACCAUGUCACCCUCCUGGCGACGUUAUCAACCCUUUAAACCUCACACUAUCUGAAACCCCAAAAUCUGAUGGAAAGAGAAGAAGAAGAAGAGAUAUUGGAGAGUUUCCGGAAGUUAAGAGUUUGGCGUCUACCAAGAGAGAAAGAGCCAUGAUAACACUUAAAUGUUCAGGAGGCGCAAACUGUGUUCGGUUUUCCUGUCCUCUGACCGGCAUGCAGUCAUCUGCCAACAUCACGGUGCGAGCGAGGGUUUGGAAUAGCACGUUUUUGGAGGACUACAGACACGUGGACCGUGUUUGGGUGGAAGGAGCAGCUGAACUUCGUCUGCAAACAGACAUUCCUUCUAUAAAGAUGCAGAGCCAAUAUGUCUCAUUCUCAGUGUCCAUAGACUCGGAACUUGUGGAGCCUCCACCCGCAGAGCUCCCACUUUGGUUGAUAAUCGUCUCGGUGGUAUCGGGAAUUGUUCUCCUGGGAAUCAUUAUCCUGCUUCUUUGGAAGUGUGGAUUCUUCCGGAGGGCCAACACCCGCACCAUGUACGAGGUCAGAGGUCAGAAGGCCGAAAUGAAGGUUCAACCAUCGGAGACAGAGACCGAGCGCUUAUACAAGGAGCAAUGAGCAUGACCUCUGACCCCUAACCCCAGCCCCCUUCCCUCGGGUUGGAUUCUUUUACCGUGUUGGAUAUUACCACCUGACGCCGACUCACUACGCCGUAUGUGUUCGUCUGGAAGAGAGGCAGAAUCUCUGUAGCACGCUUCCUCACAACCAGAGGCAUUGGGUCACCACCUGGAGCGAGACAGCAAGAUACUACUGAGGGAACCACCACUUUAUAUGAUCAACCCACCAUUGGCUGCAUCGCCCCCACGAGACUCGACUUUAGGGUGGGGUAGAAUUUAUUGGGAUAGCCGGAUGUUGGGAUCGUAAUAAUCCACAAUGGAAGGGGCAGAAUGUCUUCUAACACUGGAACUGUGAGGAACUGAAAUUAUUUUGGUACUGGAAUUUUCGGUACAAAUUACUUUUGAUACUGGACAGGGAGGGGUAUAAAUAUUGUUUAUUCUGUAACUGGGGGGGCUUAUCCGUCAGACACUGGAUGUACAAUGUCUGGACACAUUGAAAGGGGAAUAAUUGCCUUAUAACACUGGAAGAGACAUUAUCCUGACACACUGGAAAGGGAACAAUAAUCACUGGAGGGGAAGUAUAAUCUGGAACACUGGAAGGUAUUAUCUUGUGGAUCUGGAACUGAUACAUUGUAUUUGGCCACUGGCGAAGAACUUCGUUUUCAUGUGAAAACAAGAUAUGCAUUACCCGGGACGCAUCAAGUGUAUCUUGUUACACUGGAGUAGACACAUAACCCAGGGACACAUCAUGUGACAUCACGUGCCACUGGAAAGAAAAACAUGAUGUCACUGGAACUAAAUCAUGGUCUAACACUGGAGGGUGCAGUUUAGUCCGUAGCACUGGAAGAGACAAAUUAUGCUGUAACGCUGAAUUGUCCUGUUGCCGAAGGAAAGAACAUGAAAUCCAAAAUGUAUUUUUGUGAGGCAGAGCUCAGAAGAUCGUUUAUACGUUUUUCUCUUACUGUAUGUCUUAACGCUACAAAGUAUAUUUAAUGAUGAUGACACUCCUAGCCCAAGCUUGUGUAAAUAAAAUUGGAUCCUGGAAUAAAAAAAGUGUGUUAACGUCAAAA